AUGGUGAAGGUAAAAUAUACGGCAAAUGUGAAGGAAAGAUGUUUCCCAUCUUCUAAUAUGGGUAGGUGUGGUUCUUCCGUGGGCUUUCGCCCAGCUUCUAUUUAUUUUCAGAAUAAUCAAAAAAAGAUGGGGACACCUGUGCUUGACACCCGCAGUCUGCAGGAAUUGACGAAAAACACGGAAACUCAAUCACGACAAUCUGCUACUUCGCGGAGCCGCUGCUCGUCUUCUGUAAUGGAGUUGGAAGAAACCAUUGCUGAUGUCAUGGGAAUCCGAAUGCAGUCAUUGACGGACUUGGGACUUCGAAUAGAGGAACUCUCUUCCAUAAAUAGGCAGGAGGAAGCGGCUUUUCGACAGCAGAUGGGUGAUAUCCUUCAACAAUUAGAGGCUGCGCGGGUCAACCAGUUGGGUACAGAGAACGACUACAAGGCACUUCUACAAAAGGAGCGCACUGAGCGUCAAUCUGUAAUGUCAUUGCUGCAACGCUUUAAAACUGAAGGUGCUGAGGUAAUUAAUACAAUGAAGGAAUCAUUAAGGGAGGCUAGAGCUAAAUGGAAGGCGGAGGUGGAACUGAAUGCUCAACUAACUGCUCAGUUAAGGCAGUCCCAGAAGAAAAAUAUGCCACAAAACAAUCUGACGACGAAUGAUGCUGAUAGGUUUACAGCAGGAUCUACUGAAAAUGCGCUGUAUACCAAGGUUGAGAUAUUGACACGACUUCUUGAAGAGGAGGACGCCAUUGUAGUUGAGUUACAGCAGCGCAACAAAACUCUUGAAAAAAAAGUUUCUGUUCUUACGCAACAACGUAAUCGGCUUUUGGAUCUCGAGGCACAACAUUUAGAAACUGAGGAAUUUAAUACUGAGUACAAAAAAUUGCUGAAUACAGUUUGUGGGUUUGAGACGAUGGAUAAAGAAACACCACUAGAGGGGAGGGUAUGUGUUUUAACCCGCUUUACAAAAAUGCUUUUACAACGUUUGCAAUCAGAGCAGAGACAACGGCUUCGAGUUGAAGAGCAAACAGUUCGAAUGGCUUCGGAGCAUGAUCAAAUAGUACGGGCAUUGGAGGCUCGUAUCAAAAACUUGGAGCCUCACAAGAGUAGUGGUGUAUCUUUAUCCCGACAGAAUGUUUCGCAAAUUGGUGAUGAAGAUGCAUGGAACAACGGGUUAAAUAAGGGAAAAAGCGAAACUCCACUUACAGAUGAUGAGGUUUCUCCAAAAGGAGAUCAGUCAAUCGGCCAAGAGAAUGUGAACCCUUUGAAAGCUGAUAACGACCCCAAAUUGCCUUUUAUUUCUUCGGAUGAAGUGAAUGGUAUCGAACCAGAUUCGCAUGAAUUAGUGCCGUACGGCUCCACUGGGGACUCUGUACAUGCAACAUUAGAGGCCCAGUUAGCAGCUUUUGCAGGUGAUUUUCGGCAAUCUGUCGCGGAAUGGAUCACGUUUCCGUCAACUUCAGAAAAGGCGUUACGGAAGGAGGACUUUUGUUCCAAGUGA